AUGCCCCAAGACCUUGCCGAGAGCAGACCAGCACAGCGGUCAGACCUUGCGGAGAGCAGACCAGCACAGCGGUCAGACCUUGCCGAGAGCAGACCAGCACGGCAGACAGGCUGUCACGCUCAGACCUUGCCGAGAGCAGACCAGCCCAGCAGACAGGCUGUCACGCUCAGACCUUGCCGAGAGCAAACCAGCACAGCAGACAGGCUGUCAUGGUCAUAUCUUGCCAAGAGCAGACCAGCACAGCAGACAGGCUGUCUCGGUCAGACCUUGCCGAGAGCAGACCAGCACGGCAGACAGGCUGUCACGCUCAGACCUUGCCGAGAGCAAACCAGCACAGCAGACAGGCUGUCAUGGUCAGAUCUUGCCAAGAGCAGACCAGCACAGCAGACAGGCUGUCUCGGUCAGACCUUGCCGAGAGCAGACCAGCACAGCGGUCAGACCUUGCCGAGAGCAGUCCAGCACAGCAGACAGGCUGUCACGGUCAGACCGUGCAAAGAGCAGACCAGCACAGCAGACAGGCUGCCACGCUCAGACCUUGCCGAGAGCAGACCAGCGCAGCAGACAGGCUGUCACGCUCAGACCUUGCCGAGAGCAAACCAGCACAGCAGACAGGCUGUCACGGUCAGACCUUGCCGAGAGCAAACCAGCACAGCAGACAGGCUGUCAUGGUCAGAUCUUGCCAAGAGCAGACCAGCACAGCAGACAGGCUGUCACGGUCAGGCCUUGCCGAGAGCAGACCAGCACAGCCGUCAGACCUUGCCGAGAGCAAACCAGCACAGCAGACAGGCUGUCACGGUCAGACCUGGCGAAGAGCAGACCAGCACAGCAGACAGGCUGUCUCGGUCAGACCUUGCCGAGAGCAGACCAGCACAGCGGUCAGUCCUUGCCGAGAGCAAACCAGCACAGCGGUCAGACCUUGCGGAGAGCAGACCAGAACAGCAGAGAGGCUGUCACGGUCAGACCUUGCCGAGACCAGACAAGCACAGCAGACAGGCUGUCACGGUCAGACCUGGCGAAGAGCAGACCAGCACAGCAGACAGGCUGUCAAGCUCAGACCGUGCCGAGAGCAGCCCAGCACAGCAGACAGGCUGUCACGCUCAGACCUUGCAGAGAGCAGACCAGCACAGCGGUCAGACCUUGCCGAGCGCAAACCAGCACAGCGCUCAGACCUUGCCGAGAGCAGACCAGAACAGCAGACAGGCUGUCACGGGCAGACCUUGCCGAGACCAGACCAGCACAGCGGACAGGCUGUCACGGUCAGACCUUGCCGAGAUCAGACCAGCACAGCAGACAGGCUGUCACGGUAAGACCUUGCAAAGAGCAGACCAGCACAGCAGACAGGCUGUCAAGCUCAGACCGUGCCGAGAGCAGACCAGCACAGCAGACAGGCUGUCAAGCUCAGACCUUGCCAAGAGCAGACCAGCACAGCAGACCAGCACAGCAGACAGGCUGUCACGGACAGACCUUGCCGAGAGCAGACCAGCACAGCAUACAGGCUGUCACGGUCAGACCUUGCCGAGAGCAGACCAGCCCAGUAGACAGGCUGUCAUGGUCAGACCUUGCCGAGAGCAGACCAGCACAGCAUACAGGCUGUCACGGUCAGACCUUGCCGAGAGCAGACCAGCACAGCUGACCAGCACAGCAGACAGGCUGUCAAGCUCAGACCGUGCCGAGAGCAGACCAGCACAGCAGACAGGCUGGCACGGUCAGACCUGGCCAAAGCAGACCAGCACAGCAGACAGGCUGUCACGAUCAGACCUUGCAGAGAGCAGACCAGCACAGCGGUCAGACCUUGCCGAGAGCAGACCAGCACAGCAGACCAGCACAGCAGACAGGCUGUCACGUUCAGGGCUUGCCGAGAGCAGACCAGCACAGCGGUCAGACCUUGCCGAGCGCAAACCAGCACAGCGGUCAGACCUUGCCGAGCGCAAACCAGCACAGCGCUCAGACCUUGCCGAGAGCAGACCAGAACAGCAGACAGGCUGUCACAGUCAGACCUUGCCGAGACCAGACCAGCACAGCAGACAGGCUGUCACGCUCACACCUUGCCGAGAGUAG